CCCUUUUCCUCUCUUCGAUCCUCGCUCGGAUUGACAGCCGCUGCUGCGUCGUCUCUGCACCAGAAAUCCUCACCGUCCGCUUCAGUCCUAUCAAAUAGUCUUUCGACGCCCCUGCGCGUCAGUCAAAGUUCAGCAUCCAGGAUGGUGCACACCAAGGUCGUUAUCAUUGGCUCCGGCCCCGCCGCACACACCGCCGCCAUCUAUCUCUCGCGUGCGGAGCUCAAGCCUGUCCUCUAUGAGGGUAUGCUGGCUAACGGCACCGCUGCUGGCGGUCAGCUUACCACCACUACCGACAUCGAGAACUUCCCCGGCUUUCCUGAUGGCAUCGGUGGUACAGAGCUGAUGGAGAACAUGCGCAAGCAGUCCAUCCGGUUCGGAACUGAGGUCAUCACUGAGACUAUCUCGAGAGUGGAUUUCUCGCAGAGGCCGUUCAAGCUGUGGACGGAGUGGAACGAUGGUCCGGACAAUGAGCCCGCCCACACUGCCGAUGCCAUCAUCAUUGCCACUGGUGCCAAUGCCCGUCGUCUUGACCUGCCCGGUGAGACCCAGUAUUGGCAGAACGGAAUCAGCGCCUGUGCCGUCUGUGACGGUGCCGUGCCAAUUUUCCGUAACAAGCCCCUCUAUGUGAUCGGUGGUGGUGACUCCGCUGCCGAAGAGGCCAUGUUUCUGGCCAAGUACGGCAGCUCGGUUACCGUUUUGGUCCGUCGCGACAAGCUUCGUGCCAGCAAGGCCAUGGCCAACCGUCUCCUGUCCCACCCCAAGGUGACCGUUCGAUUCAACACCGUUGCGACCCAGGUCCUGGGUGAGGAGAAGCCCAUGGGCUUGAUGACCCACCUGCGUGUCAAGAACACCGUCACCGGCGAGGAGGAGACCGUCGACGCUAAUGGUCUCUUCUACGCUGUUGGUCACGACCCCGCCACCGCCUUGGUCAAGGGCAAGAUCGACCUCGAUGACGAAGGAUACAUCAUCACCAAGCCUGGCACCAGCUACACCAGCCUGGAGGGUGUCUUUGCUUGCGGUGACGUCCAGGAUAAGCGCUAUCGCCAGGCCAUCACCAGUGCCGGUUCCGGCUGCAUUGCUGCUCUCGAGGCUGAGAAGUUCAUCGCUGAAUCCGAGUCCCCUGAAGAGAAGGCUCCUGUCAACGAGGUCAAGCAAGACCCCCAGGGUAACACCGCGGAGUACAAGUCCAACCCUCUCCUUUAAAACGUCUCCGUCCCGCCACACCUGAUCUAUAGAUUCCUCAUCACCCCUUCAUCACACCUAGAUCUGCCCUACACCGGCUGACUAUCAUGUUUCAUGUCCUACGGAUAUAUCCAUUUUGCCUAUUUUGAUGGUUGUUUAUAUUAGACUUCAGCGUUCUGGUCAUUCUCCUCGGUUUGUGAUGGGAAGUUUAAUACAUUUUUUUUCGGUCCCUUCGAUGAUACUCGUGGCGCGCAUGUUUCAUGGGUCGCUGAACUAUGAAUUUCAUAUCAAUAGACUAGAAUAUAGAGUAAUUCUAGAGGAUCCUGAUUCAACUCUG